UCUCAACCUUUCCUGCAGGUGGCGACAUUUCCAACGCGCACAGAGCAGAAGAAGAAGUCUAUUUUCUUCCCCCUCCCUACCCGUAUCAAUCCUUUCAAAAUGGCGGCUGCCAGGAGGCUGAAACGUGCCGCGGUUUCUCAGCCCGGAUUUUUAGGCUUAAAAUCUAACGUCGAGCCCUCGGACCUGGUUAGCAGUCGAAGAAAACGCGUCAACAAGAACAAGAAGAAAAACUGGAGCAAACACAGUGACAUAAAUGACGUAGAGGACUUUCUGGAAGACAUCAGGCAUCAGGAGAGAACCACAGGGGGUCUGCUGUCCGAGAAACCAGAUGAUACCUUGUUCUUUCUGGAUGUUGGUCAGACGGAAAAAGCUGAAAACAAAGAACCAGAACCCGUCCAAGGAGAAAAAGGUAAACGAAGAGUUCAGCGUCCCCUGAGGAUAGACCUGAUCCUUCAGCAUGACUCCAAGGUCCCACCUCCUAAAAAUGUGACGGCCUACCAGCAGCCAAAUGCCAAGAAGCUUCGCCGAAUCGCCCAGAAGGCAGAGCAGCUGGCAGCCAAAGGUGUGUUACCACGACGACAGAAACGUCUGCUGAACAGGCGGCCUGCAGACAAGACGGUGAAGAAGGCGGAGGCCAACAACAACCCCGACAGAGAAUUCUACUCCAUGUGGGGGGACAAAGAAGAAGAAGUGACAGACCCGGCUGAUCCCUGGUACCUUCAGCAGACGGGGAAGAGGGUGGUUCCGCGUCCAGAGAAGCUGAACCAGAAACCAUCUGUGCUGCCCGCUGUGGAGGUCAUUGCUCCUGGAGGGUCUUACAACCCAGACUUCCUCGCCCAUCAGGCGCUGCUUCAGGAAGCCCACGACGUUGAGGUCCAGAAGCAAAAACAAGAAGACAAACUCCAGAGACAGCUGGCUGUCCGUAAAGAGGACAGAGCUACAGAGGAGACGAUCCUUCACGAGCAGGUCGAAGGUUUGGUAGAAGAUGAGGAUGAGGAGGAUGCAGUAGCUCCUAACGAGGAUGAAGCUGACUCGGCAGUGGCUGCCAUCGCUGUAGCAGAGAAGAAGACGGAGAGACAGAGGAAGAAGGAGAAAGCAGAAAAAAUCAAGGUGCAGCUGCGGCAGGCCAGCAGGCGGCAGACGGAGCAGCAGCAGCAGCUCUUCCAGCUACGCUCCAUAAAGAGCUCCAUCAAACAGCAGGAGCUGAAGACCAAAAGCAGGCGGAUACAGAGGAAGGCCAGACAGGAGGCCCAGAAAGCUCAGCCCAGACGGCUCGGCAAACUCAAGUUCCAGGCCCAGGACCUGGAGGUCCAGCUGAGCGAUGAGCUGGCUGCAUCCCUGAGGCAACUCAAGCCAGAGGGCAGCAUUCUCAAGGACCGCUUCAAGAGUCUGCAGAAGAGGAACCUCAUUGAACCCAGAGAACGGGCCAAGUUCAAGAGGAGACUCAAGGUCAAAUACGUGGAGAAAAGAGCCUUUCGGCAAAUCACAUGACUCUGUCAAACUAGUGUCAAUAAAGCUUCACCAACAGAA